GACAAAAAGAAGAAUGGAUCGCUGGCAAAUUCGCCCAGAAGAUUGGGUGAACGGCGUACGUCAGCCACACCAAGUCCGAAGAAAUACACCAAAUUACGAUACCUACUGGACAAUAAAACAGAUAUGGACAUUCUUCACCAACAAGCUACUGAACCCGUACCUUGUACCACUGAACGAUGUAUGGGGUCAUUGAUGGAUUUAGCCCCGAAACGGGCCCCUGGUGUUCCACGAUCAAACGAGGAACUUGUAAUGCAUGCCAAGUCCUUUAUUGAGAAUUACUACGCCUCCAUAAAGCGUGUGAAUACCCCUUCUCAUCAGAAACGUUGGCAAGAGAUUACCACUGCUAUCGAGAGCACAGGUACCUACGAAUUAACAACUAGUGAAUUGACGUUUGGUGCCAAAACUGCCUGGAGAAAUGCUCCAAGAUGUAUUGGUAGGAUUCAAUGGACCAAACUGCAGGUUUUUGACGCUCGACAUAUAACAACUGCUCGUGGUAUGUUUGAAGCUAUCUGUAACCAUAUAAAAUAUGGUACCAAUAAAGGAAACAUAAGAUCGGCUAUAACCAUCUUUCCACAGAGAACAACCGCCAAGAAAGACUAUAGAGUGUGGAAUAAGCAGCUUAUACAAUAUGCUGGCUUUAAAAUGCCUGAUGGUUCAUUUAUAGGCGACCCUGCGUCUGUGGAAUUUACCGAGGUCUGCAUGAAUAUGGGUUGGAAACCAAAAUACACCAAUUUUGACGUUCUUCCUAUUGUGCUAUCAGCAGUUGGACAUGAUCCGGAAUAUUUUGAAGUUCCUCCAGAGCUGAAUUUAGAAGUUCAUAUCAAACAUCCAAAAUAUCCAUGGUUUGAAGAACUGGGGUUGAAAUGGUUCUCUCUACCAGCAGUAUCAUCCAUGAUGUUUGAUUGUGGUGGAUUGGAAUUUACAGCCUGUCCAUUUAACGGGUGGUAUAUGGGAACAGAAAUUGGAGCCAGAGAUUUCUGUGACAGCAAUAGAUAUAAUAUCUUGGAGAAAGUAGGUAAACAGAUGGGUCUAGAUACGAAGAAAAGCUCUUCAUUAUGGAAAGAUAGAGCUUUAGUUGAAGUAAAUAUAGCUGUUCUUCAUAGCUACCAGACUCAAGGAGUAACAAUAACAGAUCAUCAUGCAGCUUCAGAAUCUUUCAUGAAACAUCUGGAGAAUGAACAGAGACUACGAGGUGGUUGUCCUGCUGAUUGGGUCUGGGUUGUACCCCCAAUGAGUGGUUCACUGUGUCAGGUGUUCCAUCAAGAGAUGUUACUGUACAAAAUGAAACCUUCAUAUGAAUAUCAGGAAGACGCAUGGAAAUCUCAUAUCUGGAAGAAAGACCGAGACAAGACACGAUCUUCAGAUCGACCAAAACGUAGAUUUGGUUUUAAAGAAUUGGCUCGGGCAGUGAAAUUCUCAGCUAAAUUAAUGGGUAAAGCUCUUGCUAGAAGAGUGAAAUGUACCAUAUUAUACGCUACAGAAACUGGUAAAUCAGAACGAUUUGCUAAAACAUUGUGUGAAAUCUUCAAACACGCCUUCGAUGCUAAAGUGAUAUCAAUGGAUGAAUAUGAUAUAACAGAAUUAGAGCACGAGGCGCUAGUAUUAAUAGUUACUAGUACAUUUGGUAACGGUGAUCCACCAGAAAAUGGAGAAGUAUUCGCUAAAAGUUUAUUUGAAAUCAAAACUAAUGAUGAGAACGUAGACACAUCAAAAGACUUCAAGUCGUCUUCCUAUAUUAGAAUGAGUACCUCCAGUGAAAAGAGUGUAAAAACAGGAGUAGAUAGUAAAGAUGAAGAGGUUUCAAGAGCAGAAGAUACCAAUCUGUUUAUGGAAACAGGACCUUUAGCUAAUGUUAGAUUCUCUGUCUUCGGCCUGGGUUCUAGAGCCUAUCCUAAUUUCUGUGCCUUUGCUAAUUAUAUGGAUAAGAUGAUGAGUGAAUUAGGCUCUGAGAGGAUUUAUGAUAUGGGAGAAGGAGAUGAACUUUGUGGACAGGAAGAAUCUUUUAGAAACUGGGCACAGGAGGUCUUUAAGGCUGCUUGUGAAACUUUCUGUCUGGGAGAUGACGUCAAUAUGAGCGAGGCUACAGGAGCAUUAUCCAGUACCGAUCAUACUUGGGUUCCUGAAAAGUUCCGAUUGACACCGCUCGAUAAUGAGAAGGAAAUGGAACCGUGUGCAGCUUUGUCCAAGCUACACAAUAAAACAAUAUUACCAUGUAAAAUGUUGGAAAGAAAACAACUUCAGGCUGCAGAUUCCGAACGUCAAACCAUACUGGUGACGAUGGAUACACAGGGAGCCUCUGAGUUAUUGUAUAUGCCUGGUGAUCAUGUUGGUGUUUUCCCUGAAAAUAAUCCUGACUUGGUAUCAGCUAUACUGGCUAGAUUGAGUAACGCUCCACCACCAGAUCAGCUCAUUAGACUGGAAUUCCUUACAGAGAAAAAUAUGCCUUUAGGAACUACUAAAUCAUGGGGACCAUAUGAGAAGUUUCCAACGUGUACAUUACGAACAGCAUUCUCUCGCUUCCUCGAUAUAACUACAUCUCCUUCACAAUCUCUUCUACAAGCAUUAGCUGCUCAAGCCACACGUGAGGUGGAGAAAGAACAGUUGGAGCUACUGGCCAAGGAUUCGCAAGCCUAUGAGGAAUGGAAGUAUGAUCUGAUGCCAAACCUGCUGGAAGUCUUUGAGAUGUUCCCAUCUCUGAAAGUUCCACCAUCUCUAUUGAUGACGCAACUUCCGCUUCUACAACAGAGAUUUUACAGUAUUAGUUCAGCUCCCGUGGUCUAUCCUGGAGAGAUACACGCUACUGUUGCUGUAGUGUCGUUUAGAACACAAGAUGGAGCAGGUCCUAUCCAUGAAGGUGUGGCAUCGUCUUGGUUAAACAGAGUAGAACCUGGUCAUACAAUACCGUGUGCUGUCAGAGGAGCUCCGUUAUUCCGCCUGCCUGAUGACAAUACAUUACCUAUUAUUAUGGUGGGUCCUGGUACAGGUAUAGCACCGUUUAGGAGUUUCUGGCAGCAACGUAAAUUAGAUAUGGAAAUGGAAGACAUACCCUGUCAUGGUGAUAAGAAGGGCUGGGGACGUAUGGAGCAGUAUUUUGGAUGUCGACGAUCUACAGAGGAUCAUAUAUACAAAGAUGAACUGGCACAGAUGAAAGCUGACAAAGUUCUCUCCAAUUUUCAUGUGGCCUUGUCUAGGGAACCAAAUCAACCCAAGACAUAUGUUCAGGAUUGCCUAAUUGCUAACAGUGAAACGAUAUACCAAUCUAUUGUUAAAGAUGGGGGACAUUUCUAUGUUUGUGGUGAUGUUUCAAUGGCUCAGAACGUCACCAAUACCUUAGAUACCAUUCUUCAAACUUGUGGUGGCAUGAAGUCUGAUGAGUCUAAGAACUUCAUCCUCAAAUUAAGGGAUGCUAACCGAUUCCACGAAGAUAUAUUCGGUGUAACUUUUAAAAGAAGUGAAAACGAUAAACCACGUGACCCGAAUAAGCGAGCCUGGAAGUUUAUGACGUCAACAAGUAAACCUAGCGAGAAUGAUUCGGUACAGGAAAUACCUACAGGUUCUACGCCUAUUUCAACAUCCAAGCCUAAAGCCCCAGAAAAGCAUACCAGUAACAUAAAUAUACAGUUGAAAAAUCCUUUAAAAUAAUAUUUCAUUUUCUUAGAUUAUCUCUAGAUUUAGAAUUUUAAUCAAAUAAUAUGAUUGUUAAAGUCGAUUCGACAUUUUAUUAUUGUUGUUAUCCAUUGAUGAAAGAGUCUGCCCAGCGAAAUCGCACAAAUUUCAAUAAAAUGUAUUUAAUAGUUCCGCUGGACACACUCUUUCAAGAGGCAAUAAAGUGCUAAUUCAUCGCUCAUCCUUUAAACGCAUCAGGUCAAAAUCAUUGGUGUUGGUCUCCAUUUAUAUUUAAUGCUUGUUUUUCUGUCUAUUGU